CGCACCGUCGGUUGCUGGGGCAACUGUCAACAAACGUCCGCACGCCCGCACGCGCGCGAGAGGCAAGCCGGAAGCGCGUGGGGCUUUCCUGGCCUUCUUGCGCUCUGUUUUGGCUCCUGUCCCUGGCGCGCGCCGGGAUGGGGGAGCCGCGCGCAGAUCUUCCCCAUGAUUCUUUAAGUGAAAGGCUCCAGGAACUUGCAAAACCAAAGGAGGUAAAAGAUGUAUGGAACCUUUCUCGUAGAUUAGUCUGGGGAAACCAAGAGACGAUAUGGCCCAUCUCCUUAAGUGCUUUGACAAGUCGACCAAGCCCAAGGAUUCUGGCUCUGGCACAACCCAAGGCAAAAUUGGAUGGAGCUCUCCAACACAGGUCCCUCUUCAAGUACAGCUGUGGUCGAGUGUCCGAGAUCUGGCAUCGCCCCCCAGAUCUGUAUUCUAUAAUGCCCUCCGAACGAAUACUGCAGCUUGCAGAACCUAGACAAUACUUAGACAUCUACCUGAAACAAAGACCACGGAGCUCCGCACAAUGGACUGUCAGCCCCCCUGCAAUUCAUUGCAAUGCUUCUCCGCGGAUUCUGCUCCUUUCCCAACCAAGACCCCUGAAUCCAUACUUUGUCCUUCCAAGAGAGGCUGAAACACAGGUUUCACUUUCUUCAAAGAGAGCUUCAGCAUCCUUGAGGACAGAGCGUCUCGCCCAGCCAGUAGUGAAGAACUGUAUUGUGUACUAUGAUAACAGAUGUGUGGAAGCCCCAAUCCGCAGAGUGAACCCAGCUGCCCUGCAAGCUGUGGCAAGUCCAAGGGUAGUAGAGCUUGCUAAAGCAAAAACUCUCCCUUCUGAAUGUGCCCCAGACCGUUCUGCUAUGUGGCCCGUGUCAUCGGCAGCAAAAAAUGCAGUGGCGACAUCUAGACUUGAGGAACUUGCUAUGCCUCCUAAAAGAGCUCCCACCUUCCUUGUCCAGUUUGAUCCAGACGCCUUUGUAGUCAAAGAUGCGGCUAAGAAUGCGUUGUGUUCGGAUAGGCUCAAGCAAUUAUCACAGCCAGUUAAGCGCUGAUUACUCUACCUGACUACCUAAUUUUAAGUAAAUUAGGAGGACUGUGCUUAUAUUGUUGGCUUUUUUCAAUCAUUUGUGUUCAACAGGUAGGAUCCUGCCAUUUUGUAGGGUAGACAAAAGGUUCGUCUGCAUCAGCCCUUUACCCCAAAAUAGACUAGAAGCUGAACCUGGAUGUCCUGAUUAAGCAAAUUUUGCCCUAUGUUAAGCCAAGCCAGGGAAUCAUCUGAAGAUUUGCUGAAACUCUGGAGCAGCCCUACGCUUCAGGUUGAGUGUCGACAUCACAACCACUCCAAUCUGCUCCAGUGUCCAUAUGGUAACAAAACAGCCUUGUAUCAUUCCCCAUUGCUGCAGCAAAUGGCCACAAAACUUUCGGGAGUUCUUGGCUGUCGCCAGAUGCCUUUACUGAUACCUUCCCUCCUCCCUGGUUGCAAAGAUGCCCAGCGAUGGCCAGGAGCUCUUCUGGGGUUUUGUGGCCAUCCAGCAGUAGCAAUGGGGAGAAAUGAUAAGAUGACAAACAGUCCAGUGAGACCAAACCCAUUGGAUGGCCUGAAUGCCUCCCUGCUACUGUUGUGGGUCAGACAUAUAGAGACCUGCAGGGUUGGUUAGUCCAGCAACCUCAUCACACUAGAGCUUGGAUCCAUUUUAAAUCCACUUUAGAGAGGGGGCUUUAAACAGCUCAGCCAGACAAGUCCUGGGCCUCACCAAACUACAAACCCCAGAGUUCUGCAGGGGGCAGAAACUGGAUUUAAAGUGGAUUCAUGCUCUAGUGUGAUGAGGCAGCAGGACUGAUCCCAGAUUAUGAGCUAUAUGUAGAUGAGCCAUAUGAGGCAUUAAUUUGUUUGCUCAUAGUGGAAAUAUUUAUUUAUUAUUGUAAAUAAAUAAAUAUGUAUUUAUUAUUAUUUAUUAUUUAUUAAUAAAUAUAUAAUCAUUAUUUAUUAAUAAAUAUAUAUUUAUUAUAAGCCUUGUCUGAUUCUUGGAAUUGUGGGAUUCAAUUAUAGCUUUAAACCCCUCUAGUUUUCCAAUGCUUGUAACGUUGCUAGAAUUGUAUAAAAGAUGGCUCAAACUGGCUCUCUGUUACUUCAGAGGGAGAGCUAGAACCAGAGUAGAAAUGGCAAAGAAGGACAUUUUAGCUAUAGAUCAAGAAAAAAUAUUGUAAUGGUAAGAGCUGCUCAGCAGUGCAAAAAACCUUGUCUUUGGACUUCAGCUGGGCAGCUUUAUCCUGGUUAAGAACUCAUAUUUCUCUGCCAACCAACAUGUUUUUUUAAUAAACCAUUAUAAUUUUGAUGUA